ACUGAGAAAAACUGUCAUUAAGGUGUUGUCAAAAUGAGCCCUGUAGGUGUGGGCUGUUCCCUAAGUUUGUGGUUUUAGAUUUUCAAGGGGGCAGACUUAGUAUUGGCCACGGGAUCAAGUUCCUGAAACUGGUCUUUUACGUCUUGAAAAAUGUCCUCUUAACCGGAGGCGCCAAGGAGCUUAAAUGUAACGCGCACACGGGAGAGAAAAUGACAAAAGCUCCUCAGGGGUUUGAUUUCAGUUUCUUAAAUGACGAAGAAGCCAGGAAGAUCCUUCAGGUGUUGGAAAGAAAUGAGGAGCUACAGAGGGCAGAGAAGGACAGGAUCAGCAAACUCCAGAAGACAAAGAGGGAUAUCAGAUGGCUUCAAGGAGUGACUGGUGAAUGGUUUGAAGAAAUUCAAAGAAAAAAGUUUUGCAAUGAAAUGGAUGUUAGCCAAAUGUUAAAGCAACCACUUACAUACAGGCUAAGGAAAGGGAUGGCAGAGAAUGAUUGUAUAGAAUCACACACACCAGGACCUAAAAAUACACCUAAUCCAAGAAACCCAACAUCGGUUCCUUCUCGGCUGAACUUCAGGUCAUCAUUUGCUUCCCUGUUCUCCUUCAGAAAAUCCAGAAAGGAGACUUCAAAGCUUCGAUUGCUAGGACGGAAAGGAUGUGAUGGCCAUGUAGGACCUCCUGUGUCUGUGAGGCAAACUAUUACACAGGCAAGAAUAUACCCCCCACCUCCAGAAUAUCAACCAGUUGACAGUGCAUUUGUCCGCAAAUCAGCAGGCAUGAGGGAGGGAGAUGUCAUGCUUCCUUGGGAUGCUUCACUGCUGGAGAAUGAGUUUUUCCAAGGUUUAUAUUGAGGAAAAGAUGUACAAUAUGAUUCAAUAAACACCAUUCAAAGAAGCACCAACCAGCUGAAAAUAUCCUGUGACUUGUCUGAGAUCACAGACGCUGUGGUCCUCAUGAGCAUGAGCCAAACGUCUUAAGUUGGCCUAGGUCUUCGGUAUUAUAAGGAGGUUUCUGGACCCUGACUUGGACACCACUCUCCAACCUUGCCACUGGGAGAAAAGCAUUAAGAAAAAAACAUUGUUUGACAACAUCAACUUCACAUCCUUGUAAUAUUAUAAGUUUGCAGGGAAUCAUCUUCACAGUUCACUGAAAGAAAAAAAAAAAGUGCGCUUUUAUGGCACCACGGCUGCAUCGCACAGUGGUUGUAUGUGUGGACUCAGGAAACAGAUCACCCGGAUCCACUUGCUAGCUGGGUGACCUCAGCAACUUAAUUAAUCUUUCAUGCCUCAGUUUCCUCAUUUUUAAAUGAGAAUAGUAAUAGUGCCAGUCUUACAAAGUUAUGUGAGGAUUUAAUGAGUGAAUAAAUUAAGUGCUUAGGACUGUGCCUGACCUAUAGAAAGUGCUGUGUUAUAGAAGCACUAAUGGGUCUCAUUUCCAGGAAAAACAAUCUACAUUAGCAUAUCAUUUAACAACAUUGUAUAGAACUUUAAAUUGUAUGUGUUGCUCAAAUCCACCCAAAUAAGUAUGUUUAUAAAUUAGGUGCUAACUUUUGGUGGUAAUGCUGUUUUCUUAAUUGUACAACUGAGGUACCACAUGUAAUUUAUAGACUCAUUUCUUUUACAAUCCUCCGAAGUAAACAUAAUUGGAAAUAUUUUAGUUACCUAGUGACACAAAAGAUGCAUUAAAAGAAACCAUGAUUAAAAUUCACUGUUAGAAAAAAAAUGUAGCUUUAUAUCCUUAAGGCAUAGUUAACCUUGAGAAAGUAUGAUUUGAAAAAGUAUGAAAAGGAAGCUUCCAUUACAGCCUUGUGAAAGACAGACUAUCUUAAAGGCAUAAUCAAAAACUAACAUCAUCAUACUUAGGAUGAUAUGAUAAAAAUACACUUACAAUGAUUAUAUUUCUUGAAGAGGGGCUUCUACAACUCAAACUAUUAGAGUAUACAAACUUAUACCAAAGAAAUGACUCAUAUUCUCCUUUCAGUUUUAGAUGAUCUGGAUAGCACACUGGCUCAGGAACAAUCUGCAAGCUCAGUGAAUACCAGAGCACCCCUCAACCAUGGAUCAACAAGACAGUUCAGUCAUUUUUAUUCCAGUGAGAACAGACACGGUAAUAUCACAGGAAGGCACAAAAAUCACUAUAAUGACACUCCUAAUAUGUCUUUCUAUAACAUCCU